ACCUUCUUUACCAGUUUCCCCCAUUCUUCCGACAUAUACUAAGGGUAUAGCUCGUCACUAACAUUACAACAUCUUUUCACUUUUUUAAAUCUUUCACUUUGGAAUCUCUGCCUGCACGGUACACGCGUUACCUGCACUCCUUUUCACCAAAGCCCUUUUCAUUUUCCUCCUCACGGCAUUAACCAAAAUCCACAUACACUCCACUUUCUGGUCAGUUUUAGUUCUUCACACCACCACAUCCACCCCAUCUGUCCAAUUUCUACACUGGCCAACUCAACCAGGGCACCAAGAUCGCUCUUUUGUACCACCCUAGCACGCUUUACCGAACUUUCUGUGUAGCAGUUCCCCCUCACCAAGGACUUGUCACUCUACAUCGAUCCAACUGGGAAAGUACACCAACCCCUCCUUCCCGUUUCCCAGAGCAGCAGCAUAUCAUAUUUCAGGUCCAUCGACUUUUUGCAACUUCUGGGAAAGUCGUGGCCAAGUACUAUAGAACGGACAGAACUCCUUGACUGGAAAGCUUCUGAUUACGAAAAUAAAAAAAACACACAACUUCCAGCGGAACACAUAGAAAGAAAAUCAUAGACAUGAAGGUUACCCAGGACAUACACACGAACGCCACUGAUCCCACAGGCGCAUCUUCCCACGAAGGACUAACCUCUAAGCUGCCAUCGUCGCGAUUUUACCUUGCUGAAGACGACGACGACGACGACGACGACGAAGAGGACGAUCAAGAGACGCCGUUACCCCCUCAUCCUUCCUUCCACCAAACCAUUCCACAACUCCGAGUGGAAAAAUGUAGACAGCCCAGCAAUUUGUCCUUGUCCACAUCAUCCAAGAGCUCUUCUCCAGAACCUAAUCUGCACGGGCUCUCCUUGGAAACGCGACCAGUUCAACCGGGCAUCGGCCACCAAAUAAGUCGAUUCAACAGCGCCUCAUCCACAACCUCAUCCUCCCCAGCCAGGGACGCAUCCACACGAGAGGCGAUUCUCCAAUUCCCCAUAGAAUCAACCCACGCGUACUCGUACGCCCAUCUCUCGCCAAAUUCACUUGCACUUCGACUCAAUGUUCUCAAAAGAUCUCUCCAAAUCCUUAAGGAAAGACCAGUCCUUUUCCAUUCCAUCAAAAAGGAACUGGAGCGCCUGGCAAGUCAUCUGCAACCACCACUCUCCCCUUUUCUCCCGACACCUUCGUCAACUAUUCGCCUGCUUUACAAAAACCCACUGGCCAACAAUUCACAGGAACUUCAACCAACGUCAAAGAUCCAAGCAAAUGCAUCUUCUGCGGCGCUUGCAGCUUUUUUCCGUCCAACUCUUCAACGAAGUGAUUCUCUCCCAAUAAACCAACUUUAUUCCACGAGAGAGGUUUCCCCCCUAGGUAGUUCCAAGCUUUCAGAGCUUCAAGCCCCUUCAUCAGGAUUACCAGUUGCUUCGUACCAAUCGGGUGGUGCUUCCAAUGUCAAGGAAGAAAGGUCUAGAUCUGCAUCUGGUGUACUGAGCGAGAGAGGAUCUAGAUUAGCUAGUGGGAAAGUUAGGUCCCGAUCUUCACAAAGAUCUAAAUCAGCUUCUGGCACCGCGCAUUCCACUGGCCCUUCAACUACGAAAUCUGACUUCAUUUUAAACAAUGAUCUCCGAGACAUCAUCACCAUUUUGGAAUCAGAUCAAACCCUUGUGGAAGACAAUCUGGAAAUCGCAUUAAAUUUACAUCAACUUUCUCUCGCAUCAGGCUCAGACUCCUUUGAACCGGUGAAACAAGAUUACCUUGUUCACAAACUUCUCUAUGCCUUGGCGACACCAUUUAUAGAAUCAUCUUUGUCCCCUCCAGCGUUAUUAUCAUCCGAAUAUUCAGAAACAAGAGCUGACUUGAUAAGUCCUGCCAGUGCCAUGAAUUUAUUUCAAUAUGGUCAGAAUGCCGGAGGAGCUCCCGCAUCAAACCCUCAUGAGGUUUCUCGAAAUGGACCAAAUGGUUCAAACACUCCUGAACUAUCUAGAUUUAGCUCCAGUGCUUCAGCCAACACAGCUUCUCUCACACCAACGCCAACAUCCGCUUCUAACUCCCGUCCCUUCCAUGGUAUGGCAUCUAAAACACCACUGCCACAAUCUGUGUUCACUGUGGAUACAGACUCCCCUUGGUCAAUCAAAGCUGCCAACGAUCUUGCAUGUCUCAUGUUUGGAGUGUCCAAGGGCAUGAUUCGUUCAUUGACCCUCAUGGACUUGGUGGCCCCUCAAUUCCGUCAGUUUGUUUCCGACAAAAUAUCUACUGCCACAGCAGACAACAACAGCAAUAAUAUUAUCUUUGCAGGAGAAAUCGUGGCAGUGGUACGGCCAGGGGCCGCCGAUUAUGCAUGGACCAGUAUUUGGGCCAAGAGAAGAGGAAAACUCAUUAUUUGUAUGUUUGACCAAAUUCCCUGCGAUGCCUUUGACGUAGAAGUUGGUGAAAUAAAUAAGCAAGUGUGCGUGAAACUGGUAAAGAACAUGACUGGGAGAUUAAUUCCAGACGCUAAAAUCACAUCCAUGAGAGAAAUCAGUCAUUCCAUAGAAGAUUUAUUGAAUGGUGUAGAUGAAUCAUUUGAAGCAUGCCAAAAUAUUAACUCCCUUAGAUACUUUACUUUACAGUUACCAGGCGAACAGAGCAAUCUCCCAUGUGCAGUGACAUCUAUCCCAAUGGAAGAUGAAGAUUAUAACCUUCUGAUUAAGGUGAAGGUUCAUUCAUUGCCUUAUAUAGCAGGGAUCUUUGUCAUCAGUUCGGAUGAUCAUACAAUUCUUUCUUGCAAUAACGCUAUUGCUAAGAACUUGUUUGGUAAAUCAUCCGGAGACUUGUUGGGCAAACUGAUUGAUUUAUUGGUCCCCGACUUUAGUUUGAUCUUGACAACUGGCCUUGCUGAAAAUACAUUUAGUUUAGUACCUGGCUUGGUCUUACCUGAACAUUUUUUCAGAAAGUAUGACGCCAAAAGAAGGUCUAAUGAGGGUGAAGAAGAAGAAGAAGAGGAGGAACUUUUCUUUACAUCAAGAGGUGUCAGAGGUAUUCAUCGUGAUGGUGAAGAGAUUUGGGUUGAUAUCCAAUUAAGAGUCACCCUGAGCGAUGCCUUUGUUCUUUGGAUUACUUAUUCAAGACUGGCCAGUGGGAAUAGUAUGGCAGAAGAAUUAGAUAGAUUGAGCGCAAGCACUAGUUCCCUUAGCUUAUAUGGAGGAUCUAGAGUAGUGGGAGAAAAAGGUGGAGUUGAUCUUCCAUCCCAAAUGGAUCUAUUCCCCGAAGAUGAGAGUGAUUUGGUCGAGCUAGGAGGUAGUACCGACGUCAGUCGAGCCGGUAGUGUUAGAAGAAAAGACAAAUCAGAUGUUUCUCAAACAUCCCGUGACAAUAAAGAUUCAUUAGCAGAAUCCCAAACAACUUUGGGCUCUAACUCAACUCAAGCGUCAUCUCCGAAAUCUUCGACCUCCCCGGAAUUUACAAAGAAAGAUACCACCUCAGAGAAGAAUGAUCCAACCCUCAAAGAGUCCACUAAAGAAUCAGGCACAAAAUCACUUUUCCCUACCACCGUAGGCGCUCAAAGAAGAACCAAAAAAUUCUCUGAAUUUACGGUCAUCAAAGAUAUGGGUGAAGGUGCCUAUGGGAAGGUUGUGCUAGCUAUUCACAAGGAAGAUCCAGCAUACAAAAUCAUCAUCAAAUGUAUCGACAAGGAACGUAUUCUUGUAGAUACAUGGGUGCGUGACCGUCGACUCGGUACUAUUCCUUCCGAAAUCAAUAUCAUGGCAUUCCUCAAUACUGCGCCCCACCCCAACAUUAUGGCAAUAAUUGACUUUUUCGAAGACCUGAAAUACUACUACUUGGAAACCCCUCUCUUUGGAGAUCCUCCAGCCAUUGACUUGUUUGAUUUCAUCGAAAUUCGUAAGAAUAUGACCGAAUCCGAGUGCCGCUUGAUUUUUCGUCAAGUGGCGCUGGCUGUGCAACACUUACACCACCAAGGGAUUGUUCAUCGAGAUAUAAAGGACGAAAACGUUAUUGUUGACGAACAUGGGGAUAUUAAAUUAAUUGAUUUUGGUAGUGCUGGGUAUGCUAAGCUGGGUCCUUUCGAUGUUUUUGUAGGUACCAUCGAUUACGCAUCACCAGAAGUUUUACGUGGUGAACGCUAUGCGGGCCAACCGCAAGAUAUGUGGGCCAUGGGAAUUCUUUUGUACACGGUGUUGUUCAAGGAGAACCCUUUUUACAAUGUGGACGAGAUUAUGGAGGGAGAUCUCCGUAUUCCAUACGGUGCCAGUGAAGGAGCCGAGGCGCUCAUUCGUCGGAUUCUUGUUCGUGCGGUUGACGAAAGACCUACUAUUGACGAUGUAGUCAAUGAUCCAUGGUUGAAUUUAUAGUAAAAUUAGGAUACGCAGCAUAAUUCUAAAUAAUUGUAAGUAAAAAGUAUAAUAAGU